AUGACGUUGCUACAGGGAAGUGCGGCCUAUGAGACGCUUGAUGAACAGAAAUUGGAAACAGACGUGCUGGCUUCAGAUGUGGACGAAUGCACGCUCUACACCGAGCCAUGCACGGGAGGCUCAAUGUGCGUGAACAACGUCACCGGAAAUUACACGUGUGCUUGCGAAGUGGGUUACUCCUUGUCCGGCUACAGGGGGCCGUGCAAUGAUAUUAACGAAUGCGUUGCUACGGAUGUCAGCCCAUGUGAGGCUAAUUCUAUAUGUGAGAACAACGAAGGCAGUUUCACCUGUAGAUGUUACCAAGGCUAUACUAAAAACGAGACAACCGGCGAAUGCAAACCACCGUACCGUACGUGCGCCGAAUACUAUGAACAUGAGAAUCUACCAGCAGGACUAUUUUAUGGAGAAUACUUUAUAGACCCAGAUGGCUCACAGGCGCUUUCUCCAUUCAAGGUUCAGUGCAUCUUCUCAGAAACACACGGAGGAAAUGAACCACUGAAUGUCUUGAAUGAGGAGCUGUGCACACAUACACCUGAUAAUAAACAUGUGGAUACUACUCCUAACUACCAGGGUAACCCAGGUUACACCGGCGAUGGAGUAACAUGCAAUGAUAUUGACGAAUGCAUAUACUCCGGCAGUGGAGAUAUCUGUGCGGACAUUGGCGAGUGUGUGAACAACAAUGGCAGCUUCACGUGUGGAUGUCAAGUGGGCUUCAUCAAAGACGCGGAAUCUGAUGUCUGCUCUGAUGUGGAUGAGUGUUUAACCAGAGUUAGCAACUGUCAUUCCCUAGCUGAAUGUAAUAACGCGGUCGGUAGCUUCUACUGCCAAUGUAACCCAGGUUACACAGGCAAUGGAGUAACGUGUAAUGACAUUGACAUAGAUAUUGAUGAGUGCCAGGACGCCACUCACGACUGCGAUGCUCACGCCACCUGCCAGAAUAAGAUCGAUGGUUUCACGUGCACAUGUCUGCCAGGUUACGCAGGCAGAGGAACUAUCAAUCACUGCGCAGGUACGCACCCUAUCGAACCUAACUCUUUCAACGAAACUUGUUACUCAUCUUUUCUUUUCUCUUUACCUAUCCCUAUGAGCGAGAUAUGCCGGUCCAGCUUAUCCAAUUUACAAAUAUCAGUGAUUAUGGAAUCAAUUCAACCAACCCGGAGAGAUUACAGGUGA